GUUAUCACUAGUUGACAUUUUUGUUGACAUUCCAUUUUCAGUUGUUAUCAUCAAUGUUUGUAGAGUGAUGUGGCCAAUAUAUUGUCAAAUCUUUUGCAUUUUGUCAGACAGACUAAAUUGACCUUUUUUUGCUGAAAACACAGCUGCGGACUUUAGCUUUUAUGCUCUCAAUAAUUUAGGAUUCUUAAGUGUGCUGAAACUGUGAUAAUGGUGAAAUUAUAUGCGAUCAACAUUUUGUACAAAGGCCCGAAUGCAGGACGUUGGUUGAAGUCUGCCUACGAACUAGGGACUUUUUCAUACUUCCAGCGAGGAAGUGUGCAAGAGUUCAUGGCCUUUGUUAGUAAAACCAUGGUUGAGAGGACAAUGUCAUGUGCCAGGCAGUCAGUCAAGGAAGGAGAAUAUAUGUGUCAUGUUUACGUACGUGCUGACAAUUUGGCUGGUGUUGUCGUCUCAGAUCAUGACUAUCCUCAUCGAGUAUCACAUACUCUACUCUCUAAGGUUCUAGAUGACUUUGCAGCAAAAAUCUCUCCGACAAUAUGGCCAACUGCCACAGAGUCAGCAAUAGAUUUUCCACAGCUGAAGGCCUAUCUAGCAAAGUAUCAAAAUCCUAGAGAGGCAGAUGCAUUGACGAAAAUGCAGGAAGAUCUUGAUGAAACCACCAUUAUUCUGCACAACACAAUAGAAGCUGUACUGGAAAGAGGUGAAAAACUCGAUGAUCUCGUAGCCAAAUCUGAAAAUUUAAGCAUCCAGUCCAAAGCCUUCUACAAAACAGCCCGAAAAACGAACUCCUGCUGCAGUCUUACAUCUUAAAUUUUAGUUAUUCUCCCAACGCUUUCUUUUGUGUGUUGAAAUCAUGCCGGGUGUCCGAUGUUCUCUCGAAACAAGAUCCUGUUAUUAUCUGAGCUUUCAUUGUUUAUUUCUUGCUGUUAUUUUAAGCUCCUAUCUGAGGGAUCACAUUGUCCUAUGAAUGAUUUGAAGGAGGAAAGUCAAAAAAAUAUCUCAAUUUGUUGGAUGAGUUUUCCCAUUUGGUGUCUUGUCACACAAAUGGCUCAGACAUAGUGGACUUUUCAUUGCGUUACUAGUGUUGAUCCAUUAAUCUCUCGUGACAAAGGGGCAAACCAAUUUGAAGAAGGGUCAUACUGUAACAUCACGCCAUUUUUUAAGGAAUUUUAAAAGAAACGUUCGGACGGAAAACACAAGAUAUUUUCUCAUGGUCAUUUUUAUGUUAUAAAAGGAGCAAUGUCAGAGGACUUGCUGAUUAAGCUACUUUAAUUUAUAAUGGAUUAAGUCGUGUAUUUGUUUUUGAGGAAUGAGCAAUGCAUUGACAAGGUUAACUCAUCUGAUUCCAUUUAGUUUUUUCUAAAAUAACUUGAAGUAUCUCAACACAUCAAGUAGAUUGUUGAGCUUCGGGGGAAAAAAUAAGCUUCC